AUGUCCCCCAUGAAGACCUACGCGUGCCUGAAGCUCCUCUACGACCCGGUAGCAUCUCAGCAGCUCAAUAUCGUCUUCGAACUUCUUGGGCUUCAGAGACUGCCUCUCACUCUGACUAGAAAGAUUUGGGAAUUUGAUCCUAAGUCUUCUGAUAUAGUGGCCAGGUUCUGCUCCGUUCUGCAGCUUGCCGCUGAGAUGAACUCUGCUCCUACAGUGCCUAGUUUUUGCCCUCUCUCAGAGGUGCGCUUCUGGUCGCGCGGCCAAUACCAUACCGUCCAGAAAGACAUGGGAAGCGAACUACCGUUUGUCCGAGUCACGGUAGACUCUCGCGGUGUCAAGAAGCUCGAAAGGGUCAACACUCAGUCCAUUCUUAGUUCUGAUGGGGAAGUCUCGGUAAUUCUGCUCUCAGACCUGUUUUCAAACAUCGAAGCUAGUUUUGGCUUUGGAUUACGUCGCCUAGAGGCUCCGAGGCGUUAUGAUUAG